AUGUCCACGACCGAGACAGUCGAGACCAAGUUCCUCGAGCCAGAAGAGUUCCGACGCAUGCAUGGCGGAGGAAACCCUAGACAGCGAACACCGCGCGACCAAUUGCAGAGACGAGAGCGAGCAGAGAUGAUUCUGAACCAUUAUCAAUUGCUCUGGAAAUAUGCGGAUGCAAAUGACAAAUCGGUACCACAGACCCGUUCGUACUUUCACAAGGUGGCUUUGGGCCUCAAAACAGAGCCAAUCAUCGAGAAUUGGCUUCACGAUGAUGAUGAAUGA